AUGGCCCUCGUGACCGUCUCCCUGCCAACCAUCAAGGCCGUCUCUGCGCCCAGCCAGGAACUAGCAGGCCAUGGGAAGAGCGAGCUACUUAGCACUGUUAACAGGGUUUCCUUGGCGGCACCCUCACGAGGAGUCGUAACGAUGAAGAACCCGCAUGAAGGGAAGGGCGUUUUCGCCCCUAUCGUAGUUGUUGCGAAGAAUGUCAUCGGCCAAAAGCAGUUCAACCAGCUCCGAGGGAAAGGCAUCGCUCUCCACUCACAAGUGAUCACGGAGUUCUGCAAGUCCGUUGGAGCCCCUGCUCAACAGCGUCAGGGUUUGAUCAGGCUGGCAAAGAAGAACGGCGAGAAGCUGGGUUUCCUUGCCUAA